GUGAAUAUGUUUUUGUUUUUUUUUUCAGACUAGGAGCAUCAGGUGGCAAAAGGGGCGUUUGUUUUGAAGCUCCCGUCUCCUAGUUUCCGGUUUAGUUUCACCUCACACUGUGUAAUUUGGCGCAACUGGACCUGCAGCCGUGCACGGAGCUCUCCUCCCUCUCCUCUCCGUCUCUGACUGGCUCAGAUUCGCACUUCUCGCCCAGGUGAGACAUUUUUCCGGAGCGCCUCAUCUGUGGAACCUGCUGAGACCAUGACGGACUCCACCGCGCCAGACUCCACCGCCGUCCCGGACCCGGUUGUAGUGGACCCCACGGUGGAGAACGGGCAGUGCGAGCAGGCGGACCCCCAACACCAGCAGCAGCAGCAGCAGCAGGAGCAGCCCGGCACGGAAAGUCAGCCAGAGCGUUUAAAGAUGGAUCAGGAGAUGAAGAUAACAGACAGCAUAGAGGACGGAGGUCUUCUGGAGAGCAGCAUGCGUCUGAAACCUCAUGAAGCUCAGAGUUACCGCAAGAAAGCUCUGUGGGUGUCCUGGGUGUCCAUCGUGAUCACCAUCAUCCUGGCCAUCACCGCCUUCACUGUGUCCGUGAUGCGCCACAGCGCUUCAGCUUUUGGAUUUGCUUUUGAUGCCACGCUGGACGUGUUGUCCUCCGUCAUUGUGCUGUGGAGGUACAGCAACGCUGCAGCCGUCCACUCAGCACACCGAGAAUACAUAGCCUGUAUUAUCCUGGGUGUGGUCUUCAUCCUCUCCUCCCUGUGCAUUAUGGGUAAGGCCAUCCACGACCUCGCCACCAAGCUGCUACCUGAAGUGGACGACUUCCUGUUCAGCGUGUCCAUCGUCAGCGGCCUCGUCUGCAUCAUCCUCGCCGUGAUCAAGUUCAUGCUGGGCAAAGUGCUGACGAGCCGCGCCCUGAUCACUGACGGAUUUAACUCCCUGGUGGGCGGAGUCAUGGGCUUCUCCAUCCUCAUCAGCGCCGAGGUGUUCAAGCACGAGCCCCAGGUGUGGUACCUGGACGGGACAAUAGGCGUCCUCAUAGGCCUCAUCAUCCUCGCCUACGGAGUCAAGCUGCUGCUGGACAUGGUCCCCCGGGUUCGACAGACCAGGAACUACGAGCGUUUUGAGUGACGGAGCGCAGAGGAACAGACGGAGGGAGAAGAGG